AAAUGGCUGCAAGCAUCUGAUCUUCCUAAAGAAAUAUACAAGCACCUAGCCUAUUAUGUGCCUCAAAUUUACUGCAGAGGUCCUAAUCCAGCCCCUGAAAGAGAAGAUAUGCUGGCACAACAUGUUCUUCUGGGCCCAAUGGAGUGGUAUCUUUGUGGUGAAGAUCCUGCAUAUGGCUUUCAAAAACUUGAGCAAUCAAACAAACCUUCACAUCUUUGUGGCCGUGUUUUUAAAGUUGGAGAGCCUACCUAUUCUUGCAGAGAUUGUGCAGUUGAUCCAACUUGUGUAUUAUGCAUGGAAUGUUUUCUGGGAAGUGUUCACAGGGAGCAUCGAUAUAGGAUGACAACUUCAGGUGGAGGUGGUUUCUGUGACUGUGGUGACACUGAAGCUUGGAAAGAAGGUUCUUACUGCCAGAAGCAUGAGCACAGAACUUCAGAAACUGAGGAGCAGGAGGACCCUCUUGUGCAUUUGUCAGAAGAUAUGAUAACAAAAGUGUAUGGUAUUUUUGCAAUCGUGUUUCAGUAUGCUGUAGAUAUAUUAACAUGGGAAAAAGAAAAUGAACUGCCACCAGGUUUAGAAACAGCGAAGAAAAAUGAUACUUAUUACUGCAUGCUUUUUAAUGAUGAAGUACACACAUAUGAACAAGUUAUUUAUACACUUCAAAAAGCAGUCAAUUGUACACAGAAGGAGGCCAUUGGGUUUGCAACAACUGUGGAUAGAGAUGGGCGCAGAUCAGUUCGCUAUGGAGAUUUUCAGUACUGUGACCAAGCCAAAUCCGUGAUAGUGAGAAGUACCACUCGCCAGACUCGGCCAUUGAAGGUUCAAGUUAUGCAUUCAUCUAUUGUUGCCCAUCAAAGCUUUGGUCUGAAACUUCUCACUUGGCUGAGUAACAUUAUUGGAUAUUCAGAUGGCCUUCGUAGAAUAUUAUGCCAAGUUGCUUUACAGGAAGGUGCAGAAGGAGAAAAUUCUUCCCUUGUGGAUAAAUUGAUGCUUUCUGAUUCUAAACUUUGGAAAGGAGCUAGAAGUGUAUAUCAUCAGUUAUUCAUGAGCAGCCUACUUAUGGAUUUGAAAUACAAGAAACUGUUUGCUUUCCGGUUUGCCAGAAAUUAUGAGCGAUUGCAGAAUGAUUAUGUGAAAGAUGACCACGACAGAGAAUAUUCAAUUGCUGACCUCUCGGUGCAGAUAUUCACAGUACCUUCUCUUGCAAGAAUGUUGAUUGUAGAAGAGAACCUCCUGACUACUAUAAUUUCAACAUUUAUGGACCACUUACGACAUAGAGAUAUACAGGGGAGAUUUCAGUUUGAACGGUAUACUGCACUACAGGCGUUCAAAUUCCGACGAGUCCAAAGUCUGAUUCUGGAUUUAAAGUAUGUGUUGAUAAGCAAGCCAGUUGACUGGUCAGAUCAACUGAGGCAAAAAUUUCUAGAUGGCUUUGAUGUCUUCUUGGAAUUGCUGAGAUGCAUGCAGGGUAUGGAUCCAAUAACCCGUCAAGUAGGACAGCAUAUUGAAAUGGAACCAGAGUGGGAAGCUGCAUUCACACUGCAGAUGAAAUUAACACAUGUCAUCUCAAUGAUGCAAGACUGGUGUGCUUUAGAUGAAAAAGUGCUCAUUGAAGCAUAUAAGAAAUGUCUGACUACUUUGAUGCAAUGCCACUGUGGUUUUACUGAUGGAGAGCAGCCGAUUGAACUCAGCAUGUGUGGACAUACAGUUGAAACUAUUCGAUAUUGUGUUUCUCAGGAAAAAGUUAGCAUUCAUCUUCCUGUUUCCCGCUUACUUGCAGGUCUGCAUGCACUUUUGAGCAAAACUGAAGUAGCAUACAAGUUUCCAGAACAGCUACCAAUGAGUGAACUUAGUCCACCUAUGUUAAUAGAACAUCCCCUACGAUGUCUAGUUCUGUGUGCCCAAGUUCAUGCUGGAAUGUGGCGGAGGAAUGGAUUUUCACUUGUUAAUCAAGUAAGUCCUGUAUGGAAAAAAACAUUCAAUCCUUUUCUUUGACCUGAGAAUCAUAUAGCAGUUUAAU